AGGGCGAGAGGAGGGGAGGAAGCCCCAAGCCACCCCGAUCCCGAGCACAGCGGCUGCGAGCCGGGCGGGAAGGGGGUGUGCGCGGGAGGCAGCGCCUGCGGAGGACGAGGGAACCUGGGCAGAGGAGGCAGCAGCCCCGGCAGAGGAGACAGCCCCGCGGAGCCAUCGCAGGCGGGUGGAGUUCAUUUAUUUUCUUCCUGAGAGCUGAAUAGGAGAAAGGGACAUUUCAGCUUUUCUUGAUAAAGAUUAUAUCAUCUUACUUAAACUGUGAGGCAAGAAAACUUCUUGAAAAGUAAUAAUUCUACAGCUCUAAGACACCACCAAUACCUGUGGAAAAGGGCUUUAAUCCUACACUGCAUCCUCAGUGCUGAUUUGGAGUGAUUUCACACAAGAUUGUUCAUCUUCUCUGUGCUGCUGUGGGCUGGACAUCUUGUCAUUGAGCAAAACAUCAAGUAGCAGCCACUUUUCUAAACAGCAUGGCCUUGCGAAGUUCUGGCAAGCUGAGCAUGGAGACCAGGAAAGAUGGUGAGAGUAUGGCCCCUGCUCCUCCUCAGAAGAAGCUGUCCUGCCAGUGCCACCACCACUGCCCUGAGGAUGCUGUCAACAACACCUGCAGCACCGAUGGCUACUGCUUCACCAUAAUAGAAGAGGAUGAGUCUGGUGGACAUUUAGUCACCAAGGGAUGUCUUGGAUUAGAGGGCUCAGACUUCCAGUGUCGGGACACUCCUAUUCCACACCAAAGAAGAUCUAUUGGAUGUUGCACAGGCCAAGAUUACUGUAACAGAUACCUUCACCCUACACUGCCACCACUGAAGAAUCGAGACUUUGCUGAAGGAAACAUUCACCACAAGGCCUUGCUGAUCUCAGUGACUGUUUGCAGCAUCCUUCUAGUGCUUAUCAUCAUAUUUUUCUACUUCAGAUACAAACGCCAAGAGACGAGGCCCCACUACAGCAUCGGGCUGGAGCAGGAUGAGACCUACAUUCCCCCCGGAGAGUCCCUGAAGGAUUUGAUCGAGCAGUCCCAGAGCUCAGGCAGCGGUUCCGGGCUCCCUCUCCUGGUUCAAAGGACCAUUGCAAAACAGAUUCAAAUGGUGAAGCAGAUUGGAAAAGGUCGCUAUGGAGAAGUCUGGAUGGGAAAGUGGCGUGGCGAAAAGGUAGCAGUGAAAGUGUUUUUUACUACAGAGGAGGCCAGCUGGUUCAGAGAAACAGAAAUCUACCAGACUGUCCUGAUGAGGCAUGAAAAUAUUCUUGGAUUCAUUGCUGCAGAUAUUAAAGGUACAGGAUCUUGGACCCAGCUGUAUCUUAUCACUGACUACCAUGAGAACGGCUCACUUUAUGAUUAUCUAAAAUCUACUACCUUGGACACAAAAGCCAUGCUGAAACUGGCUUACUCCUCUGUCAGUGGCUUGUGCCACCUGCACACUGAGAUCUUCAGUACUCAGGGCAAACCUGCUAUUGCCCACCGUGACCUAAAGAGUAAGAAUAUCCUGGUGAAAAAGAAUGGCACCUGCUGUAUAGCAGAUUUGGGCUUGGCUGUUAAAUUUAUCAGUGAUACAAAUGAGGUAGACAUCCCUCCAAAUACCCGUGUAGGAACAAAACGUUAUAUGCCUCCUGAGGUGCUGGAUGAAAGCUUGAAUAGAAAUCACUUUCAGUCCUACAUCAUGGCUGAUAUGUACAGUUUUGGACUCAUCCUUUGGGAGAUAGCAAGGAGAUGUGUUUCAGGAGGAAUAGUUGAAGAAUACCAGCUUCCGUACCACGACCUUGUGCCCAGCGACCCCUCAUACGAGGACAUGCGGGAGAUCGUGUGCAUCAAGAGACUACGCCCCUCCUUUCCCAACAGAUGGAGCAGUGAUGAGUGCCUACGGCAGAUGGGGAAGCUGAUGAUGGAGUGCUGGGCUCACAGCCCUGCCUCCCGCCUCACAGCCCUGCGCGUCAAGAAAACACUUGCCAAAAUGUCAGAGUCCCAGGACAUUAAACUCUGACUCUGCCAGAGGCAGUGCUGCUGGAGGCCCCUGGAAAUGGACUUUCUUGUGCAGGCAGAAGUCCUGAAGAUGUAUCAGAAGUCUUUGCUAAGUACCUUGAAUGGAGGAGUCACGCUUAAGAGCGGCUGUGAGUUUUUGAGGAGACUAUCCAUUGAAAAAAUCACCUGAAUUUUGACAUGCAAGAUUGAAGAGGCUUGUCUGCCCUUGUUUACAUGGGGAAAUACAGUUUUAGUAACUGGUUUAAGAUUAUGCAUGUUGCUUUCCAUGAAAGCCACUUAUUAUUUUAUUAUUAUUAUUGUUAUUAUUAUUAUUUUGAUUGUUUAAAAAGAUACUGCUUUAAAUUUUAUGAAAAUAAAACUUUUGAGUUAGAAGUAAAAAAAGAUGUAUAUUGUUACAUUUGUAAAAAGUGGAGGAAACUGCUGAAAAUGAAAGCAAACCAACUUUUUCAUUUCCAAAAAGAUUAUUGCACUCCAGCAUUAAAAAAAAAAAAAAAAAAAAAGGUGAGUGGAUCUGUGUAGCUCAGAGGAGCCUGCCUUAAAAGCCACCUAUUUGUGGAGGUAACUUUCCAAACACUGUGUGUGCAAGUGAUUCUCAGAGUACACAGAUGGAGCCCAAUUGCAUCCCUGCCAUCCCAGUUGGUGUGGGUGGCUUGUCCCAGGGGAGGUCAUGCUUCCUUUAAAAUACUUGGGAGCUGUAUGAAUAUGGUUUGGUGUGACUUGUUUAAAGGAGAUCUUCAUGUUUCCUGGAAACCUGAUGGGAAUAGCACCACAAUGAUAAACAAGUACCCUUUUUCUUGGCUUUCUUCCCCCCUUCCUUUUCCCCCACUGCAAAAUAAAGUAUUUUGUGUGGGAGUUGAAAUGAAGUACACACUUGAAUCUGCUGGGUAAUUUGAAACUUCUAGGACCCACAAACAACCACUGUUUAAGAGGAAAUUCCUUGUGAGAAGGAAUUAUUAACUUGCUUUUUCAUUUGUGUAAAAGUGAGGUGUUUAUCUACAACCACAGCUGAGAAAAAAAUAUAUCUAUGUUGCCUUUUUUAAGGGCAAGUGAAAAAUCUCAAAAGCGCCCAUUUCUGGGAUGGCAAUAAAUUUUUUUUGAGUGUGAGGAGACCUGGUGCCUUGAGGCUGUAGUAGGAGUGACAGGGAGGGAGGGUAGGAUACUUUAGGUGGGUGGUGAGAGUUGGGAGCCAUGGGCAGCAGGGGGUACCUGCCUCCAGCACUUCUGCUGUAGUGAGAGACACCACAAACUGCACAAACUGAACAAUUUGCUCAAGCUUUAUCUGCAUUAAUAUUUUGUGUGCCCUUCCAGCAGCCUCCACACCUCUGUCAGCUGCUGCCAGGCUGGGGCUGUGGAGCAGUGUGGUUCCCAGCAAGAGGAGCUGUCAGGGAGAAAGGCAGUGGGAAAUGUAUUUACUAUCUUACCCUGUUCCUCCUUCCUGAGUCUGCAGUAGUCGUAGCAAUGCUAAUGGUUCAGAAAGGGAAAUGAGAGGUGAAAUAUACCCUGGGAAGUGUUUCCUUUGGAAAGGUUCUGUUCUUCGUCUGAUUACCAAAGCUGAGCUGCAUGGGAGUUACUGGUUUACCCUUUUUUACCCUUCAUUUGUUUUAAAAAAAUUUCCUGCCGGCCUAUGUUGUUUUAUUAGAUGGUGUUCAGCUUAAUUUUGAAAUAAGUCCUUACAAAUGUUGCUUUGAUUAUGCUAAGCCUAUUUCAGAACUGAAAUAAUUGCCAUGCAGGAUUUAGCCUCAGCACUUCUGUAAUGUUUUUUUUUUGGUUUUUUUUUUUUUUUUUCUUUUUGGACAAAACUGAUUUAUUUGUGGUAGGUAGGUGUAUAAUUGGGGUUUAGCUUAACAGCUCCCUGAAGGUAUUUCUAGCUGGAAAAAUUACCAUUUUGUACUUUCAAGCUAACAGAGAAAAAUGCACGGUUCAAGAGAACCAGCAAGACCUCCAUGAUGAUAGGUGUUAAAAAGCUUAAUCAGAAGUUUUGUGUUCAUUAGAGUGCAUUUUCUGCAGUGCAGUUUCCCUGCCUGGACCCAAAUUUACCAAGCAAUACAAAAAGAAAAUCUCUGAGAGUUAAUAAUACACUUGACCCCAGAGGGGUGACAGUGGUUUCCCCAUCCUUAAAAAGUGCUUGUAAGGCUGAGAAUGGAGUUUGCUCCGCUCCUUGGCCACCUUGGCCUUGAGAUUUGUGGGCCAAAUUGGGGACAACCCAGCCUCUUUUUAACUUUUUUGUCUUUGUGAAUGGAGACAUUGGUUUCCAGUCUCAUUUCUUCCCAUAAAAGCCAGCACACCCUGUGGAACCGAGAUUUCUCAGCUCCAAAGAAGCGCAUGGGACCUGCAGGUCCCAGGUUGCAAAGCAAGGAUGCUUUCUUCCUGCCUGUUUAGGUGGGCUUCACCUCUACCUUCCUCAAAUAGAUUUUUUUUUUUUUUUUUUUAAUUAGCAGGGCUCUCUCCCCAGGAGUGUUUUGGAGGGUGCUUUGCCAGCUGGGAGCACGAGGCAUGCAAUGAAUGUCCCUGGCACCUGCCAUCAGUGUGUUGCAGGAGAAAGGGCCAGUCAUUGGUUUCCUGAGCAAAUCUUACCUUUUUUUGGUCCAGAAGAAAAGAGUCUAAGAUAUUGGUUGAUAGAUCACAUAAAGUGUGUAUGUUAAAUGUUCAAGUUUAUGUGUUUUUAUAUAUAUAAAUAUAUAUAUAUAUAUAUUCAGUUGCAAGUCUGGAAUAGCUCCAGUAUGUGGAUUAAGAGUAAACUAUUAUGGAUGAAAAAGCACUAAAUAAAACAUAAUAUUUAUUUAUGAAAAUGCAUAAAUGACAAAUCACUGCAACGGUGCUGUAUAGGAAAAUAUAUAAAUAUAUAAAUAUAUAUAUAUAUGAGGAGACACACAAUGAGAAAGCAAACAGUCUGUGGUUGUGUAACUAGUGCCUGUCUAUUUUCUCCCAAGACCAGAUUUUGUCCCUCAAAUCUCCUGUCCACUGUAAUCUAUUGUGAAGGGCUAUUCCUAAGGCCAAAAAAGAGCCUAAGGCAAGUGUGGAGGUGUUUUGUUCGAGCACUGUGACAUUUGAGUCAGAAUGCCCAAAUGAGUGACUCCCUGCAACACUCAGCGUGUCAUUAUUAAGGUUUCAGCACCUGCAGUGACUGCAGGUUAGUCUGUUUAUUUUGCCAGGUGUGGCCUUUUAAUGUCACUUCCAUAUUUUGGUAGCUUCAAAGGGCACAUUGAUGAGGGCUUGGUAAAGGUUAUUUUGGCCUCAAUGCCCACGGGUCUAGAAAUCCACUUUUCAAAUGUAAAUCAUUCAAGGAAGUGUAUCUUAGUUUCUUACUGGCAUAGGUGAGAUGGCAUAUAUAAGUGGAAAAAGAAAAGAUGCCAUCUAGCAACUGCUAUUCUUUCUCUAGCACAAAGUUAUUUCUAUUAAAGAAAAGGUUGUCAAUGUAGAGACUAAGAAACUAAUUUGUGUUCUUUUUUGAGAACCAGUGCCUUAUUAAACCUGUAAAUACUGUAAUUAGAAAACCUGGGGAACAAACUGUGUUAUGUUGUAUUUGUUCGAAUUGUAUAUGGUUGUUUUAACAUUCCCCCCAAUAAAAUUGUUUCCAUCCCCCCCUGA